UCAGUCAUUGAUAUCAAGAAAUGGGGGUGCUGUCAAGUAACUUUAAACAUAAUUUUUUGGGUUUAUUAAAGUUUUUAAACAGCAUGAAAUGGUUUAUUAUAUUCUUUAGUUUAAUCAAUCUCUCAGUUUGUAUAUAUGAAGACCAAAUCGGCAAAUUUGACUGGCGUCAGACAUACGUUGGUCGUAUAAAAUUUGCACAGUUUGAUACAGUUUCUACGGCAAAAAAAAUUAUAGUUGCUACCGAAGAAAAUGUACUAGCAGCUCUUCAUUUAAAGACUGGUGAAGUUGUCUGGCGGCAUGUAUUUGAAAAUGCUUCACCUGGUAAUAUACAUCUGCUGCAUGUGGGAGAGAAGAUCACCACAGUGACCGGAGAUAAUCCAUACUUAGUCAGAGGAUGGGACUCUGCUACAGGUGUACUGAUGUGGGAGUGGACUCUCAUGCUGCAAGAUGACAGUAGAGCCGAUUUCUCCGAGUGGUGGGUGCAAAACGGAAUGCUUGUGCACAUGCUGCCUGUCUUUAAUUCUCAUCUUGAAGUCACUAUGUACAAUGUGAUGUCGGGAAGCAACAGAGGUGCUACAUCUAAGUUACCAGCUAUCUGGAAUAAUGAAGGUUGUGUCCUCACUGCCCCCUAUUACACUUGUGUGUCGGGUGAAUUUGGAAGUCAAAUCUUGGUGUCAAUGGAUGUCACAGCAAAUGCCAUACAAAUGAUAAGCAAACCGCUAUCGAACAUCAUUGAAGGUGCUGUCGGUAACUUGCGUGCAUUAGACGGUAACAGUGUCAUCCCUGGCUUCAUAGUGGAUGACAAGAAGAUAGUGCUGAUUAAGGAAAAUGAUUUUAACGUUUUGAACGUCAAGGUUGAAGAUACCUUAGCGAGUGCAAGUAUCGCCGAUGGUGCUAGAGGUCCUCUCGUGCUGCAGAUAUGGACGAAUUAUGCUAAAGGCUACCAACUCAUAGCACACACACUGUCUGGUCAAUUAAUACCAGAAAUACACAGCCCUGAUUCAUUCCUCGAUAUACCCGAACCGGAGUUGUUAGCGGUGACAUGUGCCCGCGACCAGCUCGCCUGUCGCUUGCUCAUCAACGGUGCUGAUGAUGCUGUACAUUUGGUACAGCAAGGAGGUGUAACGUUAUGGUCUCGUGAGGAGUCCCUGGCUAAUAUAAAAAGCGUGGAGUUUGUGGACCUUCCAGUGUCAGAUGCUGACGCUGCUCUGGAAUCAGAGUUUGAUCAGAAAGAAGCCGCCAAGGUGUAUAGUUCCGUGUGGUGGUCGUUCGUCCGUCGCCUCCAGUCGCAGUACCAGCAGCUGUCGGCUGCGGUGGAGCGUCUGCGGAGCGGGGAGGUGCUGGACCGGGGCUCCGCCUCCCUCCACCGGGACUACUUCAACCUGCACAGGAUCAUGGUCCUUGUCACGGAAGCUGGGAAGAUCUUCGGUAUGGACAACCUGUCGGGGUCGCUGGUGUGGCGCCUGUACUUACCGACCCUCUCCGGCGCCCGGACCAUAUUGCUGAGGAGAGCGGCGCGGCACCCUCACACAGCCAUGAUCACCAUCGUCGGCACACACACGGACACAGGCAACGGUUACAUAGUGACCCUUGACCCCAUCACCGGGAGGAUGGUCCCCGAGCACACCGUCACGCUGGACGUGGGGAUAAUGCAAUGUAUGACGUUACAGGAGACGGGAGACGAUCAGCUGAGAGCUCUCAUUGUACUGGACGAGGACGAAGCCGUUCAGGUGUACCCGCCGUCCGCCGCGUCUCUCGUCCACAAUGUGCACAUGUAUGUAGCGGACCAGGACACGGGCAGGGUCAGGGGGUACGCCAUCAGAUAUAACGGAAGGGAGGCGGUGGCCGAGCGGACCUGGUCGAUGUCCCUGGGCGGGUCGGGUCCGGCUCGUAUCGUGGCCAUGUCGUCCCGGUCCCGCCUGGAGCGCGUGAGGUCCCCGGGGCGCGCGCUCGCCGACCGCAGCGUCCUCUACAAGUACUCCAACCCAAACAUGCUGCUGUUUGUUGUCGAGAAACCCGAUCCGACUCAUAAAGAGGUCGUGACGGCGGUGGUGGUGGACGCGGUGUCGGGCGCGGUGGUGGGCGCCUCCUCCCACCGCCGAGCGCGCGCUCUGCCGCUGGCGGUCCACGCCGACAACUGCUUCGCCUACCUCUACAGGAGCGACAAGCACCGGAGAGUCGAGAUAGCCACGAUGGAGCUGUACGAGGGUAAGGACCGCUGGUCUCCGGCCGGCGAGCCGUUCAGCUCGUCCGCCAGUUGGCGCACGCCGGUGGUGGAGCGUCAGGCGUACAUCCUGCCCGCACUGCCCUCCGCCGCCGCCUUCACCAUCACCGAGAGAUCGCUCACCGACAGACACGUGCUCUUGGGCCUGUCGUCGGGCGGCGUGGUGGAGGUGCCGUGGUCGUUGGUGGAGGCGCGGCGCGGCGCGGCGGGCGAGGAGUCCGUGCUGCCCUACCUGCCCGAGCUGCCCCUGACGGCGGACCGCGUGCUCUCCUACAACCUCACCCUGCACCGCCUGGCCGCGCUGCACACCGCGCCCGCGGGCCUCGAGUCUACCAGUCUGAUGCUGGCCACCGGACUGGAUCUGUUCUACACGCGAGUGGCGCCCUCUAGGACAUUCGACCUGCUGAAGGACGACUUCGACUACUACCUCAUAACGAUAGUGCUGGCGGCGCUCGUGCUGGCCACGUACGGCACCAAGUACCUCGCCUCCAGGAAGACGCUCAAGAUGGCGUGGAAGUGAUAGCGACACACGGAGCCGGCCGCGGGGAGGGGUUCCCGAGAUACGGAGGAGCGGCAGACAUACUAACAAUAAAUCGUAGCAUUAAUUUAUUUAAAAUCUAUCUUAACAAUUAAAUGGGAUUCCGUAGACUCGCGGCCUUACCUCGACUUAAUCGACUAUUAGUUAACUGGCCGGGUGUACUCCUGCCUUACGUUUUAUAUCUAGCGAUACUCGACGCACUGCCGUUAUAGAUCCAGUAGGUGGCAUGCUCCUGUGAUGUGUGACGAAACAUGGUGUCUUACUUGGAUUUUAUAAGAACUUUAAACGAUAUAGUCCUCGGUUACUGGAGACGCGAGGUUGAGGUCAACGCGCAAUUCGGCCGGACAGAUUUCGAUAAGGCUUUUUUGGAAUGUCAGCGGAACUCGAGGAAUGAGAACUUAAUAUUGAAAUAUUUAGAUUUGUGGACGUGAAUAGUGAGUUAUACAGAUAAGACAUUAAGGGACUAUACGAGAAAUAUUCCGACUUUUAUAAUAUGAAAGGUAUUAACGUUUUAAUAUGUAGCUAGGAUAGAGACGUGGAACGGCUGUAACCAAACGAAGGGCGUUUAUACAAACGUAACCCGUUAUAGAAAAUAAGGAGAGAGCCGGCGGGAAAAGCUUGUUUAGAUUUUUUUAAUGUGAAGAAAAUCAAAAAUUACCUCAGCGACACACGAGUCGGUCCGUAUGAAGUGAGUUAGUGCAAUUUAGUAUAAAUUAUAAUUAUAUAGGAUCGUAUGUAGAGCGAUGUAGAGCGCGGACAUACGUUGUAACGAUAAUCACGCAUCAUUCCACGGAACGAGAGCGACAGCUGCGGGCCUACCACGCGUUCACGACUAACUCAACACUCGCAGUUUGCUGUAUUUCAUUUAUGUGACUCCAUCGAUCCUAACGUUUGAGAAGACUCAUGAACGAAAAACUGUCUGUGUCGAGUUCGAUGUGAACCCGUGGCGAGCACACACGAAUCACUAGUUAAGGUGUAACAUAAUAUUAUCAGUAGAAUUUAUACAACACACAGAUGUUAUAAUUUACUAUUUUAAAGUAUUUUACGUGUAUUCAAAGCCAUGGCAGUUAAUUGAGGAGUUUCCGGGGAGGGAUGUGACGUCACAAGGAAAACUCGUCACCAACAGAAAUUUAUAUGCAUCGUAGCCAGCCUGCACAUGAAAUAAAGUUCACAUAUAAAAUAUAGAAUGAGAAAUCCACCAACAGGAGUCAGGGCAUGAUGGCCCAAAUGAUAAAGAACCUGGAACAGGACACUCCGGAGGUCGCGGGUUCGGAUCCCGGACGUGUCCGUGAUAUUUUCAUUCUAUUUUUUCUAUUUAAAUUUUAGUUUAUAAUUGUCUGUGUCAAUGUUAUUACGAACUCCCUCGCGAACUCCUUUUAAUCGCCAACACUAUAAUAUUAAUGUUUCCCUGGAGUUUCUCACCGUCUCAUCAUAUCAUUGCGUCAUCUACAAAGUUAUUAGAGAAUUUAUCGAUUCGUAUAAGAAUAUUUUUUAAUUGUUAAGCGCAUUUCUUUAAAGGUGUAUUAAAUUGUUUUUAUUUAAAACCUCAUUACAAUAAAAUAUAACCAGAGAUCUUUGUUACUUUGUUUUAAUUUCUUUAUUAUCUGUAACAUGUUUGUAAGACUUCACAGACGCACGUCCCGUCACUGUCAUUCGUUGGACUUUCAAAUCUUACAAUUAUAAAACGACAACACCAAGUAAGAAUAAGAUAAUGAAUUUUGUGGAUGUCAAAUGUCAUGUAAAUAAAUGAUAGUUUAAAAUUUUAACUGAAUUAAUAAUUAAUUUUAUUUAUAUUAUACCGCUCGUACUUUAUAAGGUGACAGUAUUACGGUCGUUGUUCUGUAAAUGUUUUUUUUUUUUACCAGCUACAAUGCGAGGUGUUGAUUUCUGUUUGUGAGUUACCGAAUAAUUGAGGUUAGGUUUCAUUACCUACCUGUAAUGUUCUGUUAGUACUGGAAUGUUACUUUAUUUAAAAUCCUUAUUUAGGUUGUGUUUAUUUUAUUAUCUGGACGUUAAUUUGGGGAGACUUUAAAUCGGUAUUAUUUUUUGUUCGACGACUUCGUUUCUAAAUAAAGCCAUGAUCUACUGCC